AUGGCUAAGCGGAGCUACCCUCAAACAGCAAUCCAGUUCCCAUUUCAGGAGGCGACACCGUAUGUUGAGAGGACUGUUAAUGGAUCCAUAUGGUCAAAUCAUUCUGUUCUAGUUUUUGAUUCAUAUGAUACUUUCGUAAAUUGCUCUGCUCAAGAAGCCGAAUCAUACUUAACUAUACAAAAUAACACUUCAAUAUAUGCUCAAGGAAAUGAUGCUAAUGGCAUACAUGGUUACCGAACCGGUGUGGAAGUUGAUACAUCGUGGUCUAACCGUGCGACUUCCAUGAAACUUGCAGCUAACACACUUUUGAAUGGUGCAAGACAACUUGUUCUACUAGCCACUUCGCCUUUAUAUUAUAUUCGUGUCUGUUUCAUUGGUGCAACAAUCUAUGUGGAAUUCGGCGAUAAAAUUGUCGAAAUCGAUCAAAAUUAUAGAACGGUCAAUGUACAUACUGACAAGUAUACUAUUACUGCCAAAGUUAAUGAUAGUUUCUAUGAUAUCGCUCUUUCGGAUGAGGAAAUUCUGGUUCGAUGUCCGUUCGAAAGCAUAAUGUUACGAGUGGUACCGUCAGGCGUUGAUGUGAAUGUGGAACAACUGGCCACUACGCAAAUAGAUCGUGGCGGAGGCGAACUCUCACUUGGAGGAAGUGUUGUAGCAUCGGAAAAUAUCAAGGUGACAGCAUUGAAAACGGACUUGAAUCUUUCGAACGCUGGGUUGGUAACAGGAUCGACCGUGAACUCUCAUAUAGUUGUGCAGACGGCAAUACAAAAUGUAGGGAUGACAUCCGGUCAACACAACAUCCGAGUAGAGGGCGGCACUCCUCACUUGGUCAUUGAAUCAGGUCAAGCAUGCAUUGAAGUAAAAACUAAUCAUGGUUUACCACAAAUCGCUGGGAUCUUACCACCAUUUGUAACACCAGCGGACAUUUUCGCCAAGCUCGGCCCGCUUCAAGCGCUCCUCUACACUACUCAAGGUCCAGAGCCUGCUGAACCAUCGUUUCCUCGUCCGGACGAGUUGGCUGCUCUGGAGCUCGGCUUCAAUAACACUCGCUGUGUUACGUGCCUAGGUGGCAUAGGAAGAUUCUCUACUACAAGACUGCCUGCACAGGUCGUUCCCACGUUUCCUGCUCAAUCCCAUACAGGGACUCCUUCGACAUUUCCAACACUAGUUUCACUUAUUACUGGACAACCUCCGUCUUUCGAGAAUUCUCAGCAAACCACGAUGCCUACGACCUUCACCGCAUUAGACACUACACUGCCACAACAGCAGCAAACCACGAUUUUGCUUUCAACUGUGCCACCACCAACUCCAUCACAAGAAACUAUUGGCGGAGUUACAAGUAUUGCAACAGUUAUGGCAAGUACCUUAGUUCCCGUCACAACGAUACAGCCCCCUGAGUCUCCUGAGACCACCAUUCCUAUGAGCACAUCGGAUCAGUUCGUUAUUGGCCAGUUCGAUGGAAUAUCGAGUAAAGGACCAAUCACAGCAGCACCAUCGCAGAGUUCACGUCCACCAACGAUUCCAACUACUCAGCCUGUUCUGGUCACAGAAGUUACUAGCUUGCCAGAAGACUUUCCUACACCAGCUUCUCCUCUCCCUUACUCCGCGUCGAGCAUUCUCCCAGAUGAGACAACUAAAGUUUUUCCAACUCCUCCCAGCCUUCCGUCGACUACUGGAGGCGGUGGAGGCUCCUGGGAGAAUGUAGAGACAUUAUUUCCAACGCCACCAUCAUCGUUACCAGAAAGGAAACCAUCGAUAUUGGUUCUUCGAAUGAAAGUUCCAUCAGAUCUCGAUCUCAAAUCUUUCGAUCUUACUAGUAAUCUGACGUCUGCUUUGAGUGAUGUGGUUCGGGAAUCUGUGCGAAGGGUGAGACGAACGAAACGAUCGCUCCCCGAAAGCCUGAAGAAUAAUCUUGUUAAAGUUCAUCGAAUUGAGCAUGUCGGCAAUGCUCUGAACAUUCUCUUUUCCGUCAAUGAGACAGACGUUGACUCGGAUAUCGUCGAAGAAGAUCUGUAUUCCCUAGAUAUGAAGUAUUUGAAACAUUUUUUUGGAUUCCCUCUGGAAUCCACCAUUUACAACGCAAGUAUGACAAAAUUACUAAAUUUUAUGGUAAUAGGACUGGUAGCCUUUGCUUUCUCGGCUAUAUUCUUUUGCACUCUCUUCAGAACUUCCCUGAAGGAGAUCAUCAUGUCGAACGUCGUCGGUGAUGCGUGUCAGCCAGGGUUCGACGGACUUUUACGGUUGGUUUUUGAACAUGUUUCAAUGCUAAGAUUACGUAUCGAUAAGAUGAUGACACGCGAUCAUAACCUCCACGAAUGUCUCACUACGAGUGAUCCUUAUCAUGAUUUUUUCGCUAAAGACCCUUUUCACCAUAUCAUGGACUCUCAUCAACUUCACCUGAAUGCCAGUGUUUGCUCAAUUGGUACUAAUAAGAAACUCUACGAAACCGAAUCGCAAUCAUUUCAAUGCAAUUCAUCGUCACUUUUUGAAUUGUCCCACACUAAUUCGAUGAAUGUACUGCUGUAUGACAUGCCACCAAUGCGUAUGUACCCGUCAUCAUCACGAAGUGAUCUUGAUGUGAACACGACGACUCCACUUCCUACAGUAUUCUCUAUCUCUACUACUACCUACCUUCCACCUUCCCAGUCUCCCAUAGAUUACCUUCCAAACGGCUAUACCCCGCCUCCUCAGGAUCCAGCAUAUCAACGAAAAAAUUCUUCACAACUUUACAGUCCACAGAAUAGCAAGUCAAAGAAACGUAUCCAGGCAGUACCAUGCCAUUCAAAUUCUAUAUGUGCCAAUUGUAAAACCACUGAAACAACUCUAUGGAGGCGAGCGAAAACGGGAGAAAUUGAAUGCAACGCAUGUAACUUGUACUUCCGUAAGAACAAUACAAAAAGACCGAUGUCAUUGUGCAAGGACACGAUCAUGAAAAGAAAUCGAAAGCCUCGUGUCGAUACGUCGUCCAUUCCGAAACCUGGUGGUGGCGUUUCAUCGUCCGGAUAA